AUGGUCAAAGAUGGUGCAUACAUUGAAAAAGUUAGUGAGAAUGCCACUGAUUAUACAGAAUUUUUUACAACCACUACAGUGUUUGCUACUCGAAGGGAAAUGCUUGAUUGGGUGAUUGAAGUGGGUAAAAUGCAUAAUAUUGUUAUUAUCAUUGCUCGGUCUGAAGGUGGGGAUGGUCUUGGUUUUGGAACGGCGAAAGCUACCCUUACUUGUGAGAGAGCUGGAAAAUAUAGGCUUAGCAAGUCGAAAGUUGCAAUAGAUGUGGAAAAAUUUACUGGAACAAAAAAGAUGUCGUGUCCCUUUAGACUUCAAGCAAAGGAGCAUGUUGGUGGCGGAUGGAGUGUAGUUGUUCGUCAUGGUAUGCACAAUCAUGAUCUUCCUAAUUACAACGAGGGUCGUGCGAUUAUUGCAAAGUUGAAACCACAUCAGUUGUCUAUAGUGAAAGAACUGUCGACUAGUCAUGUCAAGCCAAACAUGAUUAUGGCUAUUUUGAAGAAUUUGGAUCCUCGAAUAUUAACUACAGUAAAACAUAUUUACAAUGCUCGUCAAAAGUUAAAAACUGAAACAAUGGGAGGUCGGUCAGUGAUGCAACAACUUAUGAAACUCAUUGUUGAUAAUAAUUAUGUGUAG